AGCAGCAGGUUGGUGGAGGACAGCAGAGAGGGGAGCACGGAGAGAGAGAGGAGAUUACCCUCGGGCUUUAUUUAAGCUAUCUGCUGUAGCGUGUCAUAUUUUUGCCCAGGAAAAAGACAAAAUGGCUUUAACCCAAGAAUCCAUAUUGUCCUUUUUACUGGAACACGGAGGCAAAGUGAAGAACGCGGAGCUGCUGAACAGUUUCAGGAGUCAAAUCAACUGCAGUGAUCCCGCGGAAAAGCUGCACAAUAGGGAUCUAUUCAAGAAGUUGGUGAACAGCGUCGCCGUGGUCAAACAGAUCGACGAGGCAAAGUUUGUAGUCGUGAAGAAAAGGUACCAGGACUUCGUUAAAGAGGGGGUCCAUGAUGCACCGCAGGAAACACAGAUGGAUGACAGUUUCUCAAGCCCAAAUACGAGCUUUUCAUACACCUCUCCCCAUCGAGCGGAGGCAGCCAGUGUGAUUCAUUCAGACAUUGAAAACAAUAACAUGAGCUACCCACUGAACAUUAAUUGCAAUUAUUACGGUGAUGCUAAACAUAUGCCGGGGGGCAGUGUGCAGAAAAGAAGGCCGUUAUCCAGAAACAUUAGUAGUGCGGACACAACCACUGUCAAAGUCCUGAAUAUCUCCGGAGAUCAUACGAGCAGAGCGGGGAAAUCUGGGGCUGUGUUCGCUGUCAUAUCAGUAAAAUCCCCACCGAGAAACUCUGCACCAGCACCACAGGAUGGAUUACAUUCCCAAGUGCAUCAGCAUAAAACUUCAGACACGCCAAUCACGUUGGGAACUAAAGUUUUUACGCCAUCAGUGCAAACUCUGAAUUCUAACUUUCCAGCUUGUCAGAAGGAUGAAUUAAGUGAACACCAAUGUCGGGAAAGCAGACAGACAGAGAACAUGCAGCCCCCAGGCUUUCCCCAGGUGAGGCCCCAAAACAAGACCACAAAACAAGCAGAUGAUGCCAAGUACUCUGAGUCUGUGCCUUUGGAGCCAUUAGCUCAUGAGUGGUUGGUAAAGUGUGCUGCUGGACUGUGGAGCCAAAUCUAUGCUUUGCUGCUGCAGGACACCCGGUUAGCACAGAGGAAAGACUUCAUGUCAGGUUUCACAGCACUACACUGGGCCGCCAAGGAUGGCAACUGCGAGAUGAUACAUAAGCUCAUGGAUAUCUCCAGGCAAAGAGGCACUUACAUUAACAUCAACAGCAAAGCACACGGAGGAUACACACCUUUACACAUUGCAGCCAUACAUGGCCACACUGAGGUAAUGCUUUUGCUUGUGCAAAGGUAUGGAGCCAAUGUAAAUGAAAGAGAUAAUGCUGGCAAAAAGGCCUUCCACUAUUUGGGCAAAGGUUUGUCAGCUGAAAUGAGAGCACUUUUGGGAGGACUGCAGCAGAUCAAGUACAGGGAGAAGACAGAUGAGGAAGACUACAGAGAGCACCCGAAAGGCUUCAACACUAUUAGCAAACUGUUCCAGCCUCACAUAGGGAAGAAACAAAGGACAACAACAAAGUUUACUCAUGACUGGUGAGAAUGACAUGGCUCAUAUGAAGCUAUGAGAUAGACAAUAGACGAAAUUGUAAGAGAUAAUACUGUCUUUAUUUCUACAUUAUGUUAAUAUAAAACAACUUAAGUCAUUGUUAAAUAUGCUUUAGAUCUGAAUUACAAAUGUGUAGUCCCUCAGUACAUAUUGUAAGCUCUAGCUGUCCUGCACAGUGUAUCACUGCUGGAUGUAGUAUUUAUAAAUGGUAUUUUAUAAUCUUUUCUUUUUCUUUAGUAGACUUAAAUGUAUUAACGAUGAAUACGUUAUUUUGCACCCAUUUAACUUAUUUUAAUAACAACAAAACAAUCUGUGGUAGUGAUACUGUACAUUUUUUUCAGUACCCAAUGUGUAAUAAAUAUUUUCAAAUUCUCGA